AUGGAUAUCGCAGUUGUCAAUUUGGGAACAAACAACAUAGAUAUUUUUCUUAGAAAUGGCAAUCAUUUUUUUACUAGUCAAAAGAAGUUGUUAACUGGCUCUAGUCCCAUCGCUGUUGCAGUUGAUGAUUUCAACAGUGACAACAUUCUUGAUAUUGUUGUUGCUAAUUAUGAUAGUGGUAAUGUUGGUGUAUUUCUUGGGUGCGGCAGUGGUUCUUUUUUAAGUCAAAAGACAUUUCCGAUUGGUUCCCAAUCACGUCCAAAAGCAGUUGCAGUCGAAGACUUUAAUAAUGGCACAUUCGUCGACAUUAUCGUUGCUAAUUAUGGCAUGAACAACAUGGAUAUAUUGUUCGGAUAUGACAAUGGAUCAUUCAUAGAUGUGAAGUUAUUUUCGAUGCGUUAUGAAUCUCUUCCUUUUUUCGUUUCCGUUGGUAAUUUUAAUGGUGACAGAAAACUGGAUUUUGCAGUCGCCAACAAAGGUUCGGGCAGUUCAGAAAUUUUCUUACAGGCUUGUUAA